CAACUCCUUUCCUCACUAGCUCUUUUGUAGCCGAACAGAUGGGGUCCAAACCCACUUAGUCACAGUAUAAAAAUUUUAAAAAAUGCUUUUGGUUUUUCUUUAAGGUUAGGGUUGGUAUGAUGUUAACAGUGUGGUUACGUUUAAAGUUUGAUGGGUUAAAAAUGUAGUGGACACUGUGGCUGAAUGACGACCAUCUUUUUGGACUCUGGAGGUGACCACAUACCACUUGUGGGCAACCCACAUUUUUUGUCUUUAAAUGGAAGUUAAUGGGAUAAGUAGACCAGACCAUUUACCUAUUUUAAAAAGUCCGGAGCGGUUUUUUGUUCAUCGUUAAAGGCCCGAGUGAACAAUCUUCAGCUAGCGUUUGAGAAUUCGAUUUAAUAUAAGAUUCAAAUUUCACAACUCAGAAGUUAGCUAACUAGCUAGCUAGGAGAAUAAUCAAGCUCUACAUACUAGUGACUGAUGGGAGAUAGCAAGGUGGAUCAGAGUGGUCCUAUGCGGGUGUUGGUGACUGGUGGGAGCGGUCUGGUGGGCAGGGCCAUAGAACAUGUGGUCAAAGAAGAGGGAGGGGCCAGGCAGGGAGAGGAGUGGAUCUUCCUAUCCUCUAAGGAUGCAAACCUCUUGGACAUGGCUGAGACGAAGGCAGUGUUUCAGAAGCACCGGCCAACCCACGUCAUUCAUCUGGCAGCCAUGGUGGGAGGGCUCUUUAAGAACAUGAGGGCCAACCUAGACUUCUGGAGGAACAACGUCUACAUCAAUGAUAACGUUCUCCAGGCAGCACAUGAGGUGGAUGCUGUCAGGGUUGUCUCCUGUCUCUCCACCUGCAUCUUCCCUGACAAUACCACCUAUCCCAUUGAUGAGACCAUGAUCCACAAUGGCCCGCCUCACGAGUCUAACUUCGGCUACUCCUACGCUAAGAGAAUGAUCGAUGUCCACAACAGGGCAUAUCACCAGCAGUAUGGGCGAUGCUACACAGCAGUGAUACCCACCAAUGUGUUUGGUCCUCAUGAUAACUUCAACAUUGAGGAUGGACAUGUACUCCCAGGUCUCAUACAUAAAGCUUACAUCGCUCAGAAGGAGGGCAGUCCACUGGUGGUGUGGGGCUCAGGAACUCCUAGACGGCAAUUCAUCUACUCAUUGGAUCUGGCCCGCCUCUUCCUCUGGGUUCUGAGAGAGUACCACGAGGUGGACCCCAUCAUACUAUCUGUUGGUGAGGAUGAAGAGGUCUCCAUCAAGGAGGCAGCAGAGGUCGUUGUGGAGUCGCUGGGGUUUAAAGGUCAAGUGACUUACGACACAACUAAAGCAGAUGGUCAAUUCAAGAAGACCGCCAGCAACGCCAAGCUAAUGCGGUACCUCCCCAACUUCACCUUUACCCCCUUCAAACAAGCCUUGAAGGAGACGUGUGAUUGGUUUGUGGCCAAUUACAACACUGCCAGGAAGUGAAGAUUCCUCCAGUCUCAUAGGCUGUUAUGCAGUCGGUUCAAGGAAAGCAGAAAGAGACUCCGGAGGUCGGAAUGGCCUGGAGGAAUGGAGCUAAAGGCCCUAGAACUAACAAAGAACUUACAAGUAGGACUACAUGAAGGUGGUUAUAAAUUACAUCAUGAACAACGAUAUCAGCCUUUAGAGUUUAAAAUACUUAAUGUCUUAACCAGGUACCAGCUAUCACUGGAAAAAUGUUACCAGUUUUCAGAACAGUGUUCUCAAGAAACAAAAGCUGCAUUUGCUGAACAGCAAAUUUAUUUCUUUAUGUAUAUUUGCCUUUUGUAAACAAAUACAUUCAAACCAUAUACCUUCAACAUACAAUAUUUUAAAGGACUUUUUUUUAAUUUUCUAUUAACUAACAUGAGUCUGAGCUUCCGGUUUAUUUACACCUCUGAACAGGUGUAGAAUUAUAGACAAUUUACUCCUUUUGGACAUAAUUUCAUACACAAAUGAAAUAUAAUUUGACUAAAAGUACAUUGUGUGCAGGAUUCAUUCAGCGGUAUUAUCACAUUACAAUUCUAAGUACCCAACCGAAGGCUGUUUGAUUUAGGUUUGUAGACUUUAAGGCUGCAAGCCAAAACAUAAUCAUCUAUAGAAAUAAGGAAAGGUGAAUAACGUGCAGGAGCACAACUGAUAUGAAUGUAUAGUUCUCAAUCCGCACUAAAUAUCUGUAAUGGAAGGUGACAAUGUUGUAGGUGAUGACUUACGAGCAACCCAACGGUACAUACAAGUAGAAGUACUGUAAAUUCAUUGAAUCUUUGCAUAUCCACAUUGUUGUAAAAUAAGCACUAGCUUGAUUUGAAGUUGUUCAGUCUUGUCUAGUAGUACUGAAUGAUUGCCGAAAGUGUUCAUGUUUUUAAACCUCGUCUUUUAAUUAAAUGUGUCCAUGUUCUGUGAACAAACCACCCUAGUGAAUUUUGUGUUGAUGUUAUUUUGUGUGUGUAUGUUUGCAUUCCUGGUACAGAGGCGAGAAAACAAUCAUACAUUCUGGAAAUGGUAUUAAACCAUUGUUGUUUUGGUAUGGGUACUUGUUAAAAAGUAGGUGUUUCAGUAUGUAGUGCCUACUGACUAAUUUCUUAUAAAACUGACUCAGUUCCUGCAACCAUAGUUGGUAGGAUUACCUGUGGAGAAACGUAAGUUUAAUAUCAAGUGACAAUUUCCCAGAUGGUAAAUAGGCUAGUCUUUAGUGUAUCGCUGGGUACUAAUUAAAAUGUUUUAUAUUGACAACUAAAUAUUUAAUCACUAUUGAAAAGACAGAUCCUUAGUUGUGAACAAACCUGUGGUUGGGAGAUGUUUAGCAGCUAGGUAAAGGGAUUUCCCUAAUAUUGAUUUAUAAUCUGGUACCAAUUGAGAUGAGAAAUGUACCCGUGUUUCAAAUAAACUAUCGUGGUGAUGAGUG